UCGAUAGUGCCAGCAGCUAGCUAACAAAAAGCAACCACUCAUCAAACCGGCAUCAAAACCGAAAAAGCGAGAAAGAUUCGCCUAUCCUUAAACCAAAUUUUUGUAGAGUAGACGCCAACGCAUGUUAAAAUGACACAGAUAAACACAAAUUGGAUCUUGGCGUUUUUCGGCGCUUUUGUGGCCUUGGAAUUAGUAAAAAGCUCUGAAAGCAAUGAGUACAUGAAGCGGGAACACAGCCUAGUGCGUCCAUUUCAAGGCGUUGGCGUUAUACUACCACACUGGGAUUUUUUGGGAAGCACAAUGGUUACCAGUAACUAUAUAAGACUGACGCCGGAUUUGCAAUCAAAAAGCGGUGCGCUAUGGAACUACUCGCCCGUUAUGGGACGCAAUUGGGAAGUUCACGUUGGGUUCAAAGUACACGGCAAGGGCAAUGAGCUGUUCGGUGACGGAUUUGCCAUUUGGUAUACGAAAGAUCGCAUGCAAACAGGUCCUGUAUUUGGAAGCAAAGACUAUUUCUCUGGACUGGCAAUCAUACUGGACACAUACAGCAAUCACAAUGGGCCACAUAAUCAUCAACAUCCCUAUUUGAGUGCGAUGGUUAAUAACGGCACCUGGAGCUACGAUCAUGACAGAGAUGGUACACACACACAGCUGGCUGGCUGUGAAGUGCGAUUCCGUAAUGUGGAUUACGAAACGUUUAUUAGCAUACGAUAUGAGAACGACGUGUUGUCCGUUUCGACGGAUCUCGAAAAUCGAAACGAAUGGAAAAACUGUUUUGUAGUUAACAAUGUGGAGCUUCCCACUGGCUACUACUUUGGCUUGUCGGCAACAACGGGCGAUUUGUCCGAUAACCAUGACAUUCAUAGCUUCAAGUUCUUCGAUAUAGACACAACUAUCACUCACGAAGAGAUUAUGCGCCGUAGCAACAUUAUUCCAAAUGCCAAAACAUUUGAACCGCCGCGAGAACACAAAGAUGAUCCGAAACCAGGAAUGUCAAAUGCAAAAAUAUUUUUCAUACUGCUUUUCGUAGUCCUGGUGACGGCUGGUGUGGCAAUAUUUGCCAUUUCGUAUUUCAAGGAUCGCAAUGCGCGAAAACGUUUUUACUAAAAUCGACAGCUCCAACUGCAAACCAAACUUAGGCAUAGUCGACCAAAACAUCAUGUUACAAGCAGCAGCUGACAAGUUUCAAGUCCUUUUAAAGUUAAUUUAUAUUGAAUGUACCCAUUACGAUAUUUAUUCAUAAGUUAUCUAGAUGACCCGGGUUUUGUUAGAUGUUCGUUUUGAAAUUGUGGAAUAGGUAAAACAAACAACGACUUAACGGGCAACACAAAUGGGCAAUUGUUAAAUUUAAGUGCAAAUUUUUAAUCGGAGCUCUAGAAGAAUUGAGAACGUAUGAAUAUUAUUGCAGUGUGUAUAUUACAUUAGAAAAUAUUUAAAAACAAACGACCAACCAACUGCAAACU